AUUGUGACUCACGACAGUCCAAAUUCCCUCAGAGCUAAUGCCGUCGAGAUCAGCUCAGGUUGUGACAUCUGUGAGACUUUAUCGGAUUUCGCAAGAAGGAAACAGAGAGGUCUCAGCAUACUCAGUGCCAAUGGUUGUGUCACCAAUGUGACAUUAAGGCAACCAGCUUCAUCAGGAGCAAUUGUGACAUUACACGGACGUUACGAGAUCCUCUCAUUGCUUGGAUCAAUCUUGCCUCCACCAGCACCACUUGGAAUAACUGGUCUGACCAUUUACUUAGCCGGACCUCAAGGACAGGUUGUUGGUGGAGGAGUGGUUGGUGGGUUAAUCGCGUCUGGUCCUGUUGUUAUCAUGGCUGCAUCUUUCAUGAAUGCUGUUUUUGAUCGUCUUCCUAUGGACGAUGAUGAAGCUGCUUCUAUGCAAAACCAGCAGUACUACCAGAAUGGAAGAUCCCGUCCUUUAGAUGACAUUCAUGGACUGCCUCAAAAUCUGCUCACUAAUGGAAACUCCGGUUCUGAUAUUUACUCUUGGGGGCCUGCACAGCGUGCUAUGUCGAAACCUUAAUACAGCUCUCUAAUCUCCACGUUUCAUCAUAAUAUCAGAGUGCCUGAGUCUUAUUAUCUA